GCAGCAGUGCUGUGUGUGGCUGAGACACACAGAGACAGAGUGCGACAUACUCUGAUCCAGCUCUGAGGACCGGACCGUUAUGCAGGGUUUAGUAGCAGUCUUGUGGAUCCAGCUGGACUCGGGUUUUCAUGCGUAUUGGAACAGACAAAAGGGGGAUCUGUACAUGAGUAGAAGGUGGAUCCAUGUGGUCUGCUGGUAGCUCUCAGCAGAUUGGAAGGACUGGCAGGACUGCUGCUGCUCCAGGCUGCUGUGUUUACCAACAAAAGGAGGAGGAGGAGGUCAUAGCGUAGUAUCCGCUCCACCAUGGGAGUCUCGCAGCCUGACAGCCUGUAGGAGCCUGCGGCGCUCAGCAGCAGCUCCAGUCUCACUGAGAGGACGGAGCUCUAAUCUGGAUGGUAGCUGACACUGUGUAAAACGUCUUGUGAUAGACCGGCGACCUUCUUCUGGUGCUGCUGACAUGAGGAGUAAUGUAGACCUGGCUGCAAACAGAUUGUGUGAGCGUGCAGCAUGUGGCUACUACAGCCUGUCAUACAGAGGACGUCCUGGAUCAGUCACAGCGUCUGUCUCCCCAGAAGGAAACAGGCAGACAGGUCUAAUUCACUAGUUGGGAGUGGACAUCCCUCUGAUGGUCAUUAUGUGCCUGCUGUACUAAAAUCCUGAAUGGUCCAGAACAGGAAAAGGAAGUGUUGACCUCUGACCUUCCUCCAGCUUCAACCUCCACCAUGGGAUCGUCCACACUGGGAAAGGCAGCGUCUCUAGAUGCUCUCUUAGAUGAAUGCAUUCAAGCAUUUGACGACCGUGGGGAGCUGCAGGGAAACCUGCUUCCUCGCAGCGUCCUGCUGAUGCACCGCUGGUACGUCACAUCCUCAGAACUGGCGGGAAAACUACUGAUGAUAUACCGCGACUGCAAAGGUGACAACUGCCAAAGAACCAGACUGAAGAUUUGUUAUUUAAUGAGGUACUGGAUAGUGACGUUCCCUGCAGAGUUUAACCUGGACCUGGGUCUGAUCCAGAUCACACAGGAGUUCAGAGACGUGGCUGCUCAGCUAGGCUGUGAGGAGCAUUUCAAGCUCAUAGACAUCUCCACAAUUCCGUCAUAUGACUGGAUGAGGAAGCUGACCCAGAGGAAGAAGCAGGCUAAAAAAGGCAAGGCCUCACUGUUGUUUGACCACCUGGAGCCCAUGGAGCUGGCAGAACACCUCACCUUCCUGGAGUUCAAGUUUAUCCGCAGGAUAUCGUUCACUGAUUACCAGAGCUAUGUGAUCCAUGGCUACUUGGUGGACAACCCGACUCUGGAGCGCUCCAUCGCCUUGUUCAAUGGAGUCUCUCAAUGGGUCCAGCUCAUGGUGCUCAGCAAGCUCACCCCUCAGACCCGGGCAGAGGUCAUCACCAAAUACAUCCAUGUGGCUCAGAAACUCCUGCAGCUGCAGAACUUCAACACUCUGAUGGCGGUGGUGGGGGGGCUGAGCCACAGCGCUAUCUCUCGACUGAAGGAGACUCACUCUUAUCUGGCUCCAGAAGUUGUGAAGAUCUGGAGUGAGAUGACAGAGCUGGUGUCCUCCAGCAACAACUACUCCUGCUACAGAAAGGCCUUCAGCGACUGCCGGGGCUUUAAGAUCCCCAUUCUGGGUGUGCACCUGAAGGACCUGAUCGCGGUGCACGUGGUCUUUCCUGACUGGGUUGAGGACAGUAACAAGGUGAACCUGGUCAAGAUGAACCAGCUCUACAUGACCUUCAAUGAGCUGGUGUCGUUGCAGAGUGCAGCAGCUCAAGUGGAGCCCAACAUGGACCUCAUCUACCUGCUAACACUUUCCUUAGAUCUUUAUUACACAGAAGAUGAGAUUUAUGAGCUGUCGUUGCUAAGGGAACCACGUAACCCCAAAUCACUGCCUACCUCUCCGACGACGCCCAACAAGUCCCUGGCCCCACUGGACUGGGCCUCGGGGGUCACCACCAAACCAGACCCAUCUGUCGUCAAUAAACACAUCAGGAAGGUGGUGGAUUCUGUGUUCAGGAAUUAUGACCAUGACCACGAUGGCUACAUUUCUCAAGAGGACUUUGAGAGCAUAGCUGCCAACUUUCCCUUUCUGGACUCCUUCUGUGUUCUGGACAAAGAUCAAGAUGGAUUGAUCAGUAAGGAUGAAAUGAUAGCAUAUUUCCUCCGGGCUAACCCUCUGCUCCAGCGUAAGAUGGGACCAGGAUUCAUCCACAGUUUCCAGGAGAUGACUUACCUGAAGCCCACCUUCUGUGAACACUGUGCUGGAUUUCUCUGGGGAAUCAUCAAACAGGGCUACAAGUGCAAAGACUGUGGUGUCAACUGUCACAAACAGUGUCGGGAGCUGCUGGUUCUGGCCUGCAGGAAGCUGAUCCGCUCUGGCUCUGUGGGCAGUGUUUCCCUUGCAAGACUGACUCACAGCUCACUGCCCAGCAGCCCUGCACUGCCCACCUGUAAAGACGAGGAUGAGGUGUUUGAGUUCCCAGCCGUCACAUCAGCAGGUCCAGCUGUGGACCCCCAGUCCAUCACCCUGAUGACCGGUUCGGCCCAGAGAAUCUCGGUCCGUUUGCAGAGGGCCACCACCAGCCAGGCCACCCAGACCGAGCCCCUGUGGCCUGAGCACAGCUGGGGGGCCACAGACGGCGGCUCCCACACCUUCCCCAAAAUGAAAUACAGGACUCACAGAAAGAUGUCUAAAAAUAAAGGUUUUGCCUUCUGGGAAAACCAGAAUGAGCAGCACCAGGUGGUUUCCUCUCGGUGCAGCCUGGAGUCUCAGAAGACACUGGAUGUCCAGAACGGGAUCACACUCAGAGGAGGGGAGGACAGCUGACUUGGUGAGGACCAGCCCCGUGGCUCCAGAAAACCCCUGGCAGCAGGAACCAGGAAGCUCUUCUCUCUGGGGGAGAUGCUGGGCUGCCUGAAGCCCCCCCUGAAGUUAUCAUGUCCUCUCUAGACGUCAGCACAGACAGCUACACGAUCAGGAAGAGGAGCUCAGUGGACACUGGACUGACACCUACUGUGAAUCAAUGACAUGUCCAUCCUGAGGAUCACUGAGGAUGUAAUUCAGUGUGGGUUUAGGUCCAGGGUGUACAUGAAAUCAGCACUUGAAAAAGUGUGACAUAUUGUGAACUUCACAGAGCGUGGAACGGGUUCAGUCCAGUGGAUCAUUGCUGGCCAGUUACUUUACAACAGCUCAGGUGCAGACUGAGAAAGACAAAUCCAGGAGCAGAAAACUGUCUAUGUCUGAUCUGAGGACAGCUACACGUUCUAAUGAUUAGAAGGAGCCUGGUGCAUGUAGGGAGUGUGGAGAUGUUUGUAUGUGGAGCUGCAAAUAAAGGGAAAGUCAAGCUGAAAGUGAAUGUUAAGGGCAUCCAACCAACAGUCAGACAAGGACGCUGGUGAUGAACAAUUCUGUACAGAGAGUUAUAUCACUUCUAGUCUUUAAUUACUGAACAUUUUUUACUGUCACAUGAAUUUUCUAUGCCACAUUAAAAUCAAACACAGGUGUCUAAUGUCGGGGACACACUGCCUGUGUUGCAUGAGCGUGGCAGCUGCUUUGCUGAACUGCUGCAGCUGGAACGUGUGUGUGUUCUCACCGUGUAUGUGUCUGCUGCAUCACUACAUAGCUUUCAGGUUACUUGAAUGUUGGAUUUCUUUUCAUUAUAAGUUCAUUUCUGAUUUAUUUUUUAUGACGGAAAACAUCGGUAAAAUGUCUCUGUCUCCACAUGCAGCUGCUACAAUGGUUAAAAAAUAUAUUUUUUUCAUGUCUGUUUUAUAUUCAUUCAGCCUAGACAUAGAAACUAUAGUGGAACGUGUCAGUUUUAUGUGAUGUUGCUGGUUUGAUAUAAAAAUGACAUCAACAUACUAAUUCAGGGGCCACAUCCUUCGUAGCCGCUGUAGACCACAAAGGCCGAACUGAAAUGAGACGUUCAGGUCUACAAAGGAUUUUCACUUUGCAUCACCAGGCGUGAGUGCGUCCUGUUGCUUAGCAACCUUGACAAACGUAACUUUUUUUCACAAACACUUGGUUUUAACAGUUGUACCGUUAGCUGUUGAACUGAGCAGAAACCCAACACUAACAUUUAACAGUGCAGUCCUCAGGCUCUCUGUCAGUGUUGUUCGCUUUCUUUACCCACACGCAAGGAAUCUUGGGAUAUGUUGGGCCAAGAAGUAUCCACCUGAUGGAGCCUUAAUUGUCCGGUUAAAGGACACCUUUGACCCUUUGAAGUGGGACAGUCUAGUAGCACCACUGUGACACAAUUGGUCUUCAAAUGCAGCCUCUGAAGUAUGUGGCCCAUGAAUUGGGACACAGCUAGAGAAACCAAAUUCUGCAGGGUGGAUGGUGGGUCCAAGUAGGUGGAGCUUGGUGAGCACCUGAGUGACUGCUUUGUAUAUAUUUUUUCCUUUAUAAUAUAGGCCUAUGGACCUAUAACUACAAAUCACAGGUGUGCUCACUUUUGUUGCGUUGAGGUACAUUGGUGUCUGUGCUUUCAUUGUAGUCAAUCCAACCUGAUGGUUUUAAAUUAAACCACCCUACACUUCAACUUAAGAGUUAUUGUAAGACGCUAACCCACCAUCAUCACUUUAGUGAUGUGCAUGUGCUCAGUGUUGGUGUAUACUGUAGAGAGACCACGGACAUCUGAUGAUGUCACGGUCUUGUAAGAUAAAUCCCACUGUAGGAAAUGUCUGGUCUCGUUCCCACAGAUGUAGAAGUCCAGUAAAUAACACUGUCUUAAAUACUGCAGAUUGCAUUUAUAUGCUGUACAUUUUAUUUUUACAAUGUUUUUUUAAUAAUUCUAUUUUGAAAAUAAAUGCAAAUAAACUUUACAGUAUAGAUAAAUACAAAAUAGACACUUGAGAAAUGAGAUUUGAAUUUAUAUUAUAUUUGUAUACAAUAUUAAUAUAUUUGUCAUUUAUAUAAACUAUUUGGACAGUUACAUAUGUUUUGUUCUUUGGGAUUCUGAGCUUCAGCUUCAAUUUUAAAUAAAAUAAUAGAUAUUACAUUAAAGAGCCAUGUCUGAGCUUUAAUAUGAGCAGGUUUACAUUUGAUAUAAACCUUUAACACACUAAACUUUUGAGUUUAGGGGCUCAAAAGUACAAAGGAAGUCAAACAGAAUCAUCAUAUUUAAUAUUUAAUGGAAAAAACUUUUUAAUAAAUAUUUUUUUAAUUGG